AUGGACAGAUGCAGAGCUCCGUGCUACGAGUACCCCUCGUGCCCCGACGUGCUGAAAGCGCCGCGGGAGGAGGUCGCCUACGUGACCUGCACCUACAGGUGCACCGGCAUCGAGCAGCCCGAUUUCCUGGCCACCGUGGACCUGAACCCGCGCUCCUGCCACUACGGCCAGGUGAUCCACCGGCUGCCCAUGCCCAACCUCAAGGACGAGCUGCACUGCGCGGGCUGGGGCCCCGCCUGCGGCUGCUUCGACAGCGGCGCCGCGGCCAAAAGGACCAAGCUGGUGCUGCCCGGCCUCAUCUCCUCCCGCAUCUACGUGGUGGAUGUGGGCUCCCAGUGCCGCGCGCCGCGGAUCUGCAAGAUGAUCGAGCCCGUGGAUGUGUUCUGGAAGUGCAACAAGGGCUACCUGUCUGUCACCCACCCCCUGCCCAACGGGGACGUCCUGGUCGCCAACAUGGGCGACGCCGCUGGCCACGGCAAAGGUGGCUUCGUGGUGUUGGACGGAGAGACCUUCGAGCUGAAGGGCAACUGGGAGAACGAGUGUGAGGCUCCCCCGACCGGCUACGACUUCUGGUACCAGGCCCGGCACAACGUCCUGGUCAGCUCGGCCGGGAUGGUGCCCAGAGUGGCCGGGCGUGGCUUCAACCCCGAUGACCUCAAGAAAGGGGUCUUCGGCCGCCGCCUGAACGUGUGGAACCUGUCGUGCCGCAGCCUCACGCAGUGCUUCGACCUGGGCGAGGAUUCUCUGCCGCUGACCGUGCGCUUCCUGCACAGCCCCGAGGCCGCCGAGGGCUACGUGGGCUGUGCCCUGAGCGGGGCCAUUUUCCGCUUCUACAAAUCCUGCGAGAGAGACAACUGGGCCGUGGAGGAGGUGAUCCGGAUCCCGGCCAAGGACGUGUCGGGCUGGAUCAUGCCCAAGAUGCCGGCCUUCAUCGCCGACCUCGUCAUCAGCCAGGACGACCGGUUCCUGUACGUGUGCAAUUGGCUGCACGGGGACAUCCGGCAGUACGAGCUGUCCCGGAGCUGCAAGCCCCGGCUGGUGGGGCAGGUGUUCGUGGGGGGCAGCAUCCUGCGAGGGGGCCCCGUGACCGUGUGCAGGGACGAGGAGCUCAAGUGCCAGCCCGAGCCGCUGGUGCUCAAGUGCAAGCGCGUGUACGGCGGCCCCGCCACGCUGCAGCUGAGCCUGGACGGGAAGCGGCUCUACGUGACCAACUCCUUCUACAGCACCUGGGACCGGCAGUUCUACCCCAGCCUGAUCAAGGAGGGCUCGGUGAUGCUGCAGCUCGACGUGGACACGGACAAGGGCGGCCUGAGCGUCAACAAGAACUUCCUGGUGGAUUUCGGCAAGGAGCCCAACGGGCCGUGCCUGGCGCACGAGAUCCGCUUCCCCGGCGGCGAUGCCAAAUCCGUGACCCUGCCCUGA